UUUGUACACUCUACUAUCGGUCAAUAAUCCAUGUGAAUGACGUUCACCUUUUCAUCUCAUCUGACACGAAAUUUUCUAUUGGAAAUGAUUCUUCCUGUGAUUGUGGGACUUGUGGUGAUAAAUGCAGCAAAAAUAAGUGCAGACCUCGAAGACGGUACAGCGAUAUUGUCUAAUGGAGGAAGUGAUUGUACCACUCCCAAUGGAAAACCUGGGACUUGUAUCAACAUUAAAAGAUGUCAUGUGUUGAUGCAUUCUUUCAACUCACCUAAACAUCCGACUAAGGAGGAUGUGGACAUGCUGAGAAAAUCUCGUUGCGGACUUGACGGCAUUCCAGUCCGAGAGUUUAAAGUCUGUUGUCCUUCGCAGAUGAGUUUGCUGAAUUCACCAGAAUCGUCUUCUGGAACAACGCCUGUAACGCCUGUAAUGCCUGUAACAACUGCAGCAACCAUUUCAGCCCCUCGCCAAGAUCCUCCCGAUCCACUGCCGGAUGUGACGACCCAUCGAAAUCUCCGGCUUCUAGAUCAAAAUAUUUGUGGUCCAGUCACCGAGGAAAAAAUAAUAGGCGGUGACAAAACUGGAGUCUUUGAUUACCCCUGGAUGGCCCUCAUUGCUUACAAGGUGUACAAUAAUUACAUAGAAUUUCGAUGUGGUGGUACCGUCAUUAAUAAUCGCUAUAUUUUGACGGCUGCACAUUGCGUCACACAGCUUCCUAGAGCUCUAACGCUGAUAGGUGUCCGUGUUGGAGAACACGAUCAAAGAACUGAGAUAGAUUGUAACAAAAGUCCUGACAGUCUGGAAAUGACCUGCGCAGAUCCUUAUCAAGAAUUCGGCAUUGAGGAGAUUCAUUUCCACUCAGAAUAUACCGAAUCUGUAUCGCAGAACGACAUAGGAUUGAUAAGAGUUGAUUCACCCAUAGAUUUGACACCAAUAAAUGUACGACCAAUUUGCCUGCCCAUUGGUGAUACAGCCACAUAUCAUCAUACGAAAUUCAUCGUGACAGGAUGGGGAGACACAGAAACUGGCACCAGAAGUCCGGAUCUACUGCAGGCUAAACUUACUGCAGUGUCUAAUGAGCAAUGUACGAAGGCGUAUGAAAAAAACACGAAAAUAUGGUACAAGCAGCUGUGCGCUCAAGGCCAUCAAUUUUCUUGUCUUGGAGACAGUGGUGGCCCUCUUCAGGCUCCUGCAAUCUAUAAUAGGACUAGUAUAAAGUUUGUACAGUAUGGAAUCGUAAGUUUUGGAACUAGAAAUUGCAAAACACCUGGAUAUCCUUCAGUGUACACAAGAGUUGCCUAUUACACUGAUUGGAUUCUUGAUCAUUUAAAAGAAUAAUAACGUAUUCACUGUUGAUAGAUAAUCGGUCAUUAUGGGAAUUUAGGGGGAAAAAGUUAAAAUUUGUAACUGUCAAGAGUUCGUGCAAAUAUAUCAUUGGCUUUUCGGACUACGUAUGAUUAAAUUAUAUUGUAAGUGGACGUAAUGUGAAAGAAUUCCUAUUUUUCAUUUAAAUUUUCAUUUUCUCUAUAGAGAACUCACUGAUGAAGUGAGUAUUUCAAACUUUGAUAGAAUGGAAUUCAAUUUUCAUAUGAAAGAACAUAUCCCCAACCAAAUAUAUUCCGUAGAAUUAACGAUAUUUACCUACCAGUGACAUCAGGACCGAAAUAUUUCAAGUUUUUUAGGAAAUUAGUUUUUUUAAGAAGCUCAUUAUCGGUCACAUAAUCGUAUUCCUUUGAUUUGAGAGCAUCGAAUGAUUGCAGAUGAGAUUAUUUGACUCGUUAGAGUUGAGUCACGUUAAAUGUAAUUAUGUUAAUAUUCAUUUUAUAUAAUCGUCAUGUUGGAUUUAUCCGUAUUAAGUGGUACAUUGAAGUACUGCAAGUUAUUGAUAGAAGAAAAUUGAUAGGUUUCACCCUUUUAAUGCCGGCCCAAAUAUGUAGAGGUGCCUAUUUCGCAAGUACAGCUGGAGCCGAUAUAUCGGCUCCCGGCACUAAAAGGGUUAAAUUUACUCGUCUUUCCACUGUAUUCUUGGCGAAAGAAACACCCCCCCCCCCCCGCCAUCCCAAGAGUCAUAAAUAUUUGCAGAUUAUUCGCGGCGACAUCUUUAUUAUUUUAUAUUCGAACAAAAAUUAAAAUACUUGGUACUGCUAUUGGCUGACUGGAACCUCUGAUGCAUAAUCCACCAUACAUCUCUAGAAGAACAAAAAAAAGAAUAAAUUCAAUUUCCAGUGAAUAGAAUGAGAGUAACUGAGGAACACGUACGAAUGUGAAGAAGAUUUCAUACUUCAUGCAAAACGUAUCAUCACAAUCAUUCAAAAUUUAAUUUAUGAAGUAAAUGAAACACUUCAUUACCUUCAAUGGCGCCAGACUAUUCAAUAAUUGUAGUCCUAAACCUCUCGCAAGUACAACUGGAGCAGCUGUUCCUUUAUACAAUCUGUGAAGUGUGUCAAUGACCAUCAUCGUCGGUAAAUUGUGUCUCUGCCGCAGAGUUUCAUAUCUCGCCAGAUGUGAGAUAUCUCCAAUGAAAGUGCCAUUGCGUACUGCAUCAUCUAAUAUCUUCACAAGAGCAGUGACGUCCCCAAAACCGAGAUUUACACCCUGUCCUGCCAAGGGAUGAACUCUGUGGGCUGCAUCCCUAUAGCAUUUAAGUCAAUAAAAUUAAUGAUUUUACUCUCAAGAGUUAAAAUAUUCUCGUGGCAAAAUGGGAACAUUGUCAAACAUGCAAAACAAAAAAUAAGAUUUCGAAAUAACAAUAAUGAAUAAGUUGUUUUAAACCUGGCCAACUUGAAUGGAAGUCCAAUCAACUGUUGCUGGAUAACUGAAUGUUAUUUGCACUUGAAGUCCAAUUGUGUCAUCAAUUGUUUGUUAUAAUAAAUCGUUAGAAUAAUGCAGAA